AUGCCUCCUAAAAAGAGAAGAACUGCCCUUUCAUGCCUCCGAUGCAACCAACGCAAGGUGAAAUGCGACAAAAAUAGUCCCUGUGGGAACUGUGUCCGCCGAAAUAUGGCCGACCAAUGCUGCCGUCCGUCUGACUUGCCUCGAGUUUCCGCGCAGGCAGUUUUGACAGCAGCGAACUCCGAGGGCAAUGAUUCCCAGUUUUGCAAGUCUUCAGUCAGUAAGGACGUCCCGAUUCAACAGUACUUCCAUUCUCUGCGAUCUCUAACGUACGGGAUUACCCAGAUCAGCGGGCUGACGCCCGCAUCGGACUACAACUCUGGCCAAGGUGAGUGGGAUCAAUGCAUGCCUCGUUUCCCAUAUCUUAUGGAUAGAGUCACAUUUGAGGUAUCGCGUAGUAUUUGCGAAUAUGCGUGUCGGACAACAACUUUCAUCCACCAGGGCAUUGUAGACCCACUUUUCCUAGCUGAUCACGACGAGUACUGGCAGGAAUAUGUCAAUCGUGAAAAUGCGUGUCUGUAUCAUUUGAGCAAUAACAGUUUGAAAAGGAAAUCUUCUGCAGACUACUAUUACUGGAUGUCACUUUACUAUGCUAUACUGUCGACAGGCGUCUAUUUUAGUACCGAAAUGGAGCACACGCUUUGGCCCUUUUCCCCUGAACAAGUGCAAGAUUUCCCCAGGGUUCUUCUCAAGGCUUCGCUGGACUGUCUCGUGAAGGCCGGGGCGUUGGAAAAUGCAGAUUUGCGCACGAUAGAAGUUUUCAGUGUAAUGUCCAUGUGCUUUCACGGCUUGGGCAGUAUUUAUCUUCACCGCCAGUUGCUUCGUUUGUCGAUCGAUACCGCACGCACACUGGGGCUCAAUAACGUUAGUGCAAAGGCCGAUUCAAAUAUUAACUUUCACAAUGAAGUCUACAAGCGGCUUUGGUAUAGCGUCUUCAUCAUCGAUUCACUCAGCAACUACCCUAAUCGCUACGUUGGCGAUUUUUCGACCCCGUUCCCAGAGCUUGUGACAACGCCGCAACUGCUUGGUGAAACUUCUUUGUCGGAGAUCGGUCUUCCAGAUAUUGCUGGCAAUGACGAUCUUGCUGGCAUUAUGUACCAGCGCAUGAUGGCAGAAUUAGCCAAUUUAAAGCAUGAGAGCUUUCAGGAGGCGCAGCAAUCCAACCUCGAAGAAUUCUGGGAUAGAAUGAUUCUUUUGCGAGAAAGGUUAGACGCCUGUUUUGGGCAAGCGCCAUAUGAGUUGGCAGAUUUCUCAGUGGCUCGAAAUGCAAGGUAUCUUCUUUUCUCCUCCAUCACUAGAGAAACCUUGAGCCUCGGCGCUCGACUCCAGGCGGUAAUAGGGACCAAGCGAUGGUGGGCUCAAUACAGAGACAAAUGUUUGCGCCUUGCCAAAGAACUGCUUACACAUAGUACUUCACCUCAAAUUCCGCUGCAUUAUAACCGCUACUGGAUCGUUGUUCAACAUUUAAUCUUUGCAUGUCUAUUUAUGCUCUUAGACAUGCUAACAUCCAAAAGUCAUAACGAUAAGGCCAAGCUACAACUGGUUGAGAGCAGUCUACCUACAAUUCGUAGAUUGCGGUCGUAUUUUACUGUUAAAGUGGGUCUUGCCGUCAUCGAGAAAUUGGCGUAUUUGGUAUCUCUUGUGCGACUGAAUACGGUGACUGCAGAUUCGCUAGAAUCUAUUUCUUUACGCGAAUUCCUACGUGAGUUGCAGAUUGCUAAUCCUGAUAACGUACGUGUUGCAGAAGCUGUGUCGCCGCCGGUCGAAAGGUCGCAAUACCUAAGAUUUGGUGGUUUACAAAGACCUUACGCACAACCAGCGCAGCUAGCCGCGAACUCAGAAGCCAGCCCGAAUUCGCAACUAUUGUUAAAUCCGACACUCGAAAAUAUUCUCGACGACAAGGGAUGGCAUGAGUUUCUGGAUUUUUUCUUCAAUGACAAGGCGAGCGUUUGA